AUGUCUCGCAAUAUCUGCCUCACGGCGGUUGAAGGCCAGACAGGCUUCCUCGUUGCCGAGCUGCUCAUGAAGGAGUCCAAGUUCUCGUCCCAGGUCGACAGCCUGACGGGCCUGACCAUGAACCCGUCGGCGCCCAAGAUCAAGGAGCUCGAGUCGCUUGGCGUCAACGUCGUCACCCACAAGCCGGGCCGCGAGCGGGCCGUCAUCACGACGCUCAAGCAGACGGGCUGCGAUACCAUCUGCCUGAUUCCACCCACACGCCUCGACAAGUGCGAGAUCACGCUCGAGCUGGUGCACGCGGCUAAGAAGGCCGGCGUGCCUAGCGUGCUACUCAUUAGCUCCGCCGGCUGCGACUACGCGGACCCGGUGCGGCAGCCCCGCCUGCGCCAGUUCAUCGACAUUGAGACGGCCAUGCUGUCGACUAAGGGCGACACGGGCACUGCUACGGGGCACUCGGUCUGCAUCAUCCGCGCCGGCUUCUACGCCGAGAACCUGCUGCUGUACUCGGAGCAGGCCAAGGUCGAGAGCGUGCUGCCACUACCCAUCGGCGAGUCCAACAAGUUUGCGCCCGUCGCCCUCGGUAACGUCCCGCACCUUGCGGCUCACGUUCUCGCCGGCAAGGACCGAACAAGACGGAAAAGGAAAUUCGCUGACCGCAGCUCCGUGCCUGUCUACCUAGGCCCGUUGCUGUACGCAGGCGACGAGCUCCCCGAGGCAGCGAGCAAAGCGAUUGGCGCGACGCUCGACUUUGAGAACAUCCCCAUAUCCGAGGCGAAGCGCAUCCUGUCGGUGCAGUCCGAGAGCGACAAGUUGGAGCAGGAGUACAUCCUCGACUAUUACAGCCUGGUGCGCGAGGGCAAGACCAACUACGUGGCGACGACGGCUUUCCAGUUCGUCACGGGCGUCCAGGCCACCGAGCCCGACGAAUUCUUCAAGCUGUACGCCGCCGAGCUGCGCCCCCGGAAGAAGGUCAAGGCAUAG